UGUCCUUCUGUAAAAAUGGCGGCCUCCUUGCGGCUGGGCUGCGGCCGCCGGGCGCUGCGCUACCUCCUGGGCUCUGCGAGUGGCCGGCGGGCCGAGGCCGUCGUGACCUCGCUCGGCCGCAGCGUGGGAUGCCGCGGGCUGCAUAGCACGGCGUGGCUAUGGGUGGAUCCUAUUAAAAUUUUAAUGCCUUCCUUGUCUCCUACGAUGGAAGAAGGAAACAUUGUGAAAUGGUUGAAAAAGGAAGGUGAAACAGUGAGUGCUGGAGAUGCCUUAUGUGAAAUUGAAACAGACAAGGCUGUGGUAACAUUGGAUUCAGGAGAAGAUGGUAUUUUGGCUAAAAUAGUGGUCGAAGAAGGAAGUAAGGGUAUUCGGUUAGGAUCCCUAAUUGGAUUGAUGGUGGAGGAAGGAGCUGAUUGGAAGCAAGUUGAAAUUCCCAAAGAUGUGAGUCCUCCGCCACCUCCAGCUUCACCUGUGUCUGCACCUCCCCUAGCUGAAGUCGUGGCUCCUGCCUCUGUCAAAAAGCACCCCCCAGCUGGGAAACUGCCGUUCCGGCUAAGUCCUGCUGCUCGCAACAUUUUGGAUACUCAUGACAUUGAUCCCAGCCAGGGUGCCCCUACAGGACCUCGGGGCAUUUUUACUAAAGAAGAUGCUCUCAAACUUGUACAGCUAAAAAAAUCAGGCAAAAUUGCUGAAUCAAGACCUUCUCCAGCACCUCCUACAACUGCAGUGCCUUUGCCUCCUCAAGCAGCUACUGGGCCAUCAUCUUAUCCAAGACCGAUGAUUCCGCCAGUUUCUACUCCUGGGCAACCUAAUGCAGUGGGCACAUUCACUGAAAUCCCUGCCAGCAAUGUUAGAAGAGUAAUUGCCAAGAGGCUAACUGAAUCUAAAAGUACUGUACCUCAUGCAUAUGCUACUGCUGACUGUGACCUUGGAGCUGUCCUAAAACUAAGACAAAAUCUUGUCAAAGAUGAUAUUAAAGUAUCAGUAAAUGAUUUUAUUAUCAAGGCCAUAGCUGUAACCCUUAAACAAAUGCCACACGUAAAUGCGAGUUGGGAUGGAGAGGGCCCCAAGCAGUUGCCGUCCAUCGACAUCUCAGUCGCAGUGGCAACAGAUCGAGGUCUCAUCACGCCCAUCAUAAAAGAUGCUGCUGCUAAGGGAAUCCAGGAGAUCUCUCUCUCUGUCAAGGCUCUGGCAAAGAAAGCAAGAGAUGGAAAACUGUUACCAGAAGAAUAUCAAGGAGGGUCUUUUAGUGUGUCUAACUUGGGGAUGUUUGGUAUCGAUGAGUUUCGAGCUGUGAUCAAUCCUCCUCAGUCCUGCAUUUUGGCUGUGGGCCGAUCCCGACUUCAGCUCAAACUCUCUGAAGAUGAAGAAGGAAAUGCGAAGCUGCAGCAGCGCGAGCUCAUGACAGUCUCCAUGUCCAGUGACAGCCGAGUGGUGGACGAUGAACUGGCUACCAAGUUUCUUGAACGUUUUAAAGCAAACCUAGAGAAUCCUGCCCGGCUCUACUAAUUUCAGAAUGACCAGCUAACAAUACAGGUUGUUACAAAAAAGAAAGCUUACAAUCUAUAGGAAAACAGUUUGAAUGUUUAGUAUGAAAUGGACAGAGUAUUUAAUUUAUUUGGGGUGAAAGAACCUGGACCUUGUCUUUUAUUUCUAUGUUUUAAAAAUAUCCUAUUUUAAAGAUUAAUCAAAGGAAGAACACAUCUAGUUAUCUGGCAUCUUUUAAAACUAUUUUGGUGCUGCACAAAAGGGAUCUAUUUAACUAGAUGUAACUUAAAUUAUAUAUUUAGAAAAACAUCCAGGGGAUGUUGGAGAGCCUGAGUAUUUAAAAAAGAAAACAUUUGAAGAUCAAGACUAACUUUUUCACACGGAAAGUUGGGCCAAUCUUUAUUGAGUUGCUGUGCUUCGAUUUUACAAGGGCUGCUCUGACCAUAUUCCUAAACAGUGUAACACAGAGAGAAGCAUUCCUGCUAAGGACAAGUCACUACACAAUUAGGAUUGUGGAAUUGUUUCUGCAUACAAAGCCAUACCUUUCCCAAGGUAGUUUCUAACAGUCUUAUUGUUUUGCUUUGACAUUGAUACACUGUGAGCUUCUUGAGAAGGAAUGGGGAAAAAAAAGAUACAUUUCUACUAAACAAAGACCAAAAGGGCAAGAUGUAUUUGAAUGGAAAAUCAUAGCCAAAACAUCUUUACCGUCUGGUAGAAUUUUAGAAACAGUGAAUAAAUUUUAAAAUGUACUUACUCUGAUGCUAAUUCACCAUAUACUAAAAUAAAUGAUAAUUUCCCACUAAA